GAUACAGCAUAUUUCUGUUUUGGUGUAUUGUUUAUUGAAUUUCAGAAAAAAUCACAUUACUUUUCUAACCCAGUUUAGAGGUAAUAUAUGAAAUUGAGUAUUAAAUAGAUAAAUGAACUUAGUCAAAAGGCUUGGGCUAUAGUUUGAGAGUGUCAGUUCUUAUGCACAUUGUCAGAAUUAACGCAUAUUGUGAGAAUUUCUUAUUUUACAACAUGGAGAGAGCAAGUUCAUUCUUAAUUUCUGAGACCAAACUGAGAGGUAUUUAGUGGCAAGCCUAAUGAUAGCGCUGGUUUAUUUUGUGGUAUUGCAUCUUUAAAAUGACUUCAAGGGGGUUUUAGUAAAAUAUACAAAAGUGUAUUUUUAAGAAAAGAAUCAUUCUAGCUCAAAUGUGUUUGUUGUGAAGUCUUUCAUUAAACUUCAUGGUUAAAUAUCCAGCAGCCCAGAACGAUAGCAGCAUGCAGCUGUAGUGCUUCUGAAAGAUAGAAAUCAGUUAUGUGUUUAAAAACUUUUGUACCCAGGAGAAUAGCUUGACUGGUUUCCUCUUUUCUUUCUCACAUGUAGUAUUUGAAAUCUUUUAUUUCAGCAUAAGAAUAAUUAUUUGAAGGAGUUUUUGUAUUUGCGACUAAUUUAGAACUUGUAGAUUUGAGCUGCCUGAAUUGGCCAGACAGCUGUAAUCGCACUCCUCUAUUCUUAAUCUCUUUAUCUGGGCAGCAGCUGCCAUAUGGCCACAGUCAGCUGGAUCAGAUGUUUAUAAGCUUCCUUCUUCGUCCCUCUCUGUCCUUUCAGCCUCCUAAUUUGAUCACAGCUACCUUGUGAGCUGCCCUCCAAUCUUUAUUUUUAGCCCUCUUAAGGAUUAGGAUUGAUGUUGGCUGUGGGGCACUUAAAGUGAUUGUAUUGUAAAUCUUCGUGCUUUACUCUAGCAAUGGUAUUUUACAGAAUAUAGUAGGGGUUGUCUUGUAAGUUUUAGUUCAUCUUGGCUUGUGAGGGAUGAGUAUUUUUCAAUAAUAUCUGUCAACCUAGAGAUCCACAAUCUGUUUAGAUAGUUUGGAAGAACAUUGCUAUCAAUCACAGAAGAAUAGAUCAGAGAGGUUUUUAAGAGAUUUUACUUUCUGUUUGAGUUUUGACUUCUCUGCUUCUUUGAAGUUCUUAUCAUCAAGGAAGGAGAAUAGGAAAAUACUUGGGUUAUGAAGACAGUAUGGAGUUUCCUGACCACAGUAGACAUUUGCUACAGUGUCUGAGUGAGCAGAGACAUCAGGGUUUUCUUUGUGAUUGCACUGUUCUGGUAGGAGAUGCCCAAUUCCGAGCGCACAGAGCUGUACUGGCUUCAUGCAGCAUGUAUUUCCACCUCUUUUACAAGGACCAGCUGGACAAAAGGGACAUUGUUCAUCUGAACAGCGACAUUGUUACAGCCCCAGCUUUCGCUCUCCUGCUUGAAUUCAUGUACGAAGGAAAACUCCAGUUCAAAGACUUGCCCAUUGAAGAUGUGCUAGCAGCUGCCAGUUAUCUCCACAUGUAUGACAUUGUCAAAGUCUGUAAAAAGAAGCUGAAAGAGAAAGCAACCACGGAGGCAGACAGUACAAAAAAGGAGGAAGAUGCCUCAAGUUGUUCAGACAAAGUGGAGAGCCUGUCCGACGGCAGCAGCCACAUGCCAGGAGACUUACCCAGUGAUGAAGAUGAAGGAGAAGAUGAAAAAUUGAACAUCCUGCCUAGCAAAAGAGACUUGGCGGCUGAGCCUGGGAACAUGUGGAUGAGAUUGCCCUCAGACUCAGCAGGCAUUCCCCAGACUGGCGGAGAGGCAGAGACACACGCAACAGCAGCUGGAAAAACAGUAGCCAGCCCCUGCAGCUCAACAGAGUCUUUGUCCCAGAGGUCUGUCACCUCCGUGAGGGAUUCAGCAGAUGUUGACUGCGUGCUGGACCUGUCUGUCAAGUCCAGCCUUUCAGGAGUUGAAAAUCUGAACAGUUCUUAUUUCUCUUCGCAGGACAUGCUUAGAAGCAGCCUGGUUCAGGUGAAGGUGGAGAAAGAGGCUUCCUGUGAUGAGAGUGAUGUUGGCACUAAUGACUAUGAUAUGGAACAUAGCACUGUGAAAGAAAGUGUGAGCACUAAUAACAGGGUACAGUAUGAGCCGGCCCAUCUGGCUCCUAUGAGGGAAGAUUCGGUCUUGAGGGAGCUAGAUAGAGAGGACAAGGCAAGUGAUGAUGAAAUGAUAACUCCAGAGAAUGAGAGGGUCCAGGUGGAAGGAAACAUGGACAGCAGUUUGCUCCCUUACGUGUCCAACAUACUUAGCCCUGCUGGCCAAAUUUUUAUGUGUCCUCUCUGCAACAAAGUCUUUCCCAGUCCCCACAUUCUGCAGAUCCAUUUAAGCACGCACUUUCGAGAGCAGGACGGGAUCCGCAGCAAGCCUGCUACUGAUGUCAAUGUCCCAACCUGCUCACUGUGUGGUAAGACUUUUUCUUGCAUGUACACCUUGAAACGUCAUGAGAGGACUCAUUCAGGUGAAAAGCCCUACACUUGCACCCAGUGUGGGAAGAGCUUCCAGUACUCCCACAACCUGAGCCGCCAUGCAGUGGUUCACACACGGGAGAAGCCACAUGCUUGUAAGUGGUGCGAACGUAGGUUCACGCAGUCCGGAGACCUUUACAGACACAUUCGGAAGUUUCACUGUGAGUUGGUGAACUCAUUGUCUGUCAAAAGCGAAGCACUGAGCUUACCUACUGUCAGAGACUGGACCUUAGAAGAUAGCUCACAAGAACUUUGGAAAUAAAAUUUUUAUAUAUAUAAAUAAUAUAUAUAUAAAUCUAUAUAGUUGUGGUACAGUCUAAAAGCAAUCUUGUUUCCUUGAACUGAAAGUUUGGCUAUUAGCUUGUUUUUUGCACUUUAAGGCAGCAUGAAUAUUUCACUAAUUUAGCACUCUGAUAAAAAUGAAGUUUAGAGGUAAUACGAGAAAGUAAGAAACUACGGAGCAUAUUUCCCCCUUUUUGGAAUAUAAGCCAGUGAAUACUUUACUUUCAAAGAAUCUCAAAUUUGGAAGUUUUGACAUGGCUUUAUUCUCCCCAAAACACUGCAUUAUUUAAAGCUCUAGAUUUUUUUUCGCUUUAAAGUCUGAAUGUAGAAAUCCUCUCCCAAUUUUAUCAGUUCCUUUACAUUUCUAAAAUUGCAUGAGUCCUUUCUAGCUGUUGGAAACCUGAAUGCUUUUAGACCCAAAUGGAAAAUUUCUGAAAUGCUGGAUUAUCUAUUUUUAAACAAGCGGUUGACUUAAAACUUAUUAUGGCAACUUCUGGAUUUCUGACAGUUCCCACUGGAAAAAAAACAAAAACAUAAAACAAAAACCCUGAAAGUACACUGGGAUCACUGGGACUCUGUCUUAUGUGAAGGUUUGCUUGGGAUGAAAAAGGAUAUUGCAGCUUCAGCAGUGAUGAACUGUGUGUUUUAAAAAUGUGAAUUACUGUUAUUGUAUACUGUAAUUGAUUACAUGGGCCGGGGGGAGGUAUCAAAGAACUUGGCAGGUUGUGUUGAUGCUCUUAGUUGAGUCUUGAAAAGUAAAUAUUAACGCUACAGAAAUGCAUGAGUUUCAGUAUAUUUUUGUCUUUGUUUGCAUUGUAUAAUUUUAAUGAGUGAGUUUAAAAUUAUUUAAUUUCCUUAGGAAAAACACCGUUGAAAAUACUGGUGUUACGAAGAACAUAAAUGCACUGUUUUUAUUUUAUAUAAUUUAAAUUUACUUUCCCACUGUCUUUUAAGUUGAGAAAAACUUAAGCUACGAGUUGAUAAUUUAGCUACAUAACAAGGAAAAUAUGAAUGUUUACAAACAGGCUUAAAGAUUUGCAUGUGCAGUGUGCAUUUAUUAAAAGAAAACCUUCUAAUUGCACAAACCCCAUGCCAGCUCAAACUUUAGGUGCAUACAUUUACCCAGAUGAGCAUUUUUAGGAUUCCUGCUGCACAAAUCAACAAUAGGUCAUUCUUUUUUCCCCCCCUUGAAAAGAUUCUAUGGACUGAAAAAGCCCCAGGCUGAAAGGACUGGAAAGCCUUGAUUGACACGGGGGACGGGGGGAGGGUAGAGGACUAUGUGUAUCCAAGCAGCAGAGACUGCAGCCUGACGUGUGGUUUUAAUGACCAACACACAGGUCAAAAGCAUUUUGCACAGUGUUUGUUUUCCUGUCUUGCACUUACAAAUAAGGUCUAUGGGAGUAGCAUGGAAAACGUUUGCUGUUUUUCCUUUUUUUUCUGCUUUUGUUUAAAAUUUGAUCGCCUUAACUACUGUAAACAUAGCCUAUUUUUGUGCUUAAGAUACUGAAUGGAAAACUCCAUUGUGUAUUGCUGGACUGUUUUGGAAAUAUUUGGUCAAAUGUGUGUUAAUUUGGCUGUAAUGGCAUUUAAAACAAAAAAAAAAGCUGUGAAAAUGGCCUUGGAGCGUUAUCUUUAGUUACUUGAAUAGUUUCUAGGUUUUAAAAAUACAUUCUUUUAUUAAUUUAGAGAAGACAAUCAGUGUCUGAGAAAAAUGGACUUUCUCUUGGAUUUUUUUGUGGUCCUUGUGAGUGAUUGCUUUUUUUCUUUUAUUAGUUUCACAUUCUUCUUUUGUUCUAAAACUUAGACUGACAUCUAGCUUUGACAAUCAUAGUAUGUUUUAUUUUCCUGAGGGGGGAAUAACUUAUAAUGCUGUUUAGUUUUGUACUAUUGGUGUGUUGGUGAAUUUUUAAACUGUGUGCUAACUGCAAUAAAUUAUAUGAACUGAGAAAUCAA